CUUCCUCUCUUUACUUGUCUGGGUCAUCUUGUCUGCCCGUCGCUGGCCCAUCUUUCUCUCUGGCCCAAUCUCUCUCUCUCUCUCUCUCUCUCUCUCUCAGCAGCUGUCUCUCGCACGCCCGCUGGCCUGUUUCUUCCCCGAAGUCGCCUCCUUCGCCUGCCUGGGUGGCCGCCAUGGUCCGGAAGCGGCUCAUCACUGACUCCUACCCUGUUGUGAAGAGGAGGGAGGGACCCGCUGGGCACAGCAAGGGGGAACUGGCACCAGAACUAGGGGAAGAGCCUCAGAUCCCCAGCAAGGAGCAAGCCGAGCUGGAGCUGCUGAGGCAAUUUGACCUGGCCUGGGAGUACGGGCCCUGCACAGGGAUCACACGGCUACAGCGCUGGCAUAGAGCAGAGCAGAUGGGCUUGGAGCCACCCGCAGAGGUGUGCCAGGUGCUGAAGAGCCACCCCGGAGACCCUCGUUUCCAGUACAGCCUCUGGCAUCUCUAUCCCCUUUGAGGUACCACCUAGGCCAUCCUCCCCUGGACACUCCUGCUCGCCACCAAGAGCUUUAGGAAAGAAGUAAGAGUCAGUCGCUGUUGCUCAGCUCAGUUCUACUGUGGAAGAAUAUUUGGCAGCUGAGUCUGGAGGUCUCAGUACCUCCAUUAAACCAGCAGGCUCCUACAGCCCCUUCUGACAGACUGUGGAUCUCCAAGAUGGACAGUGGUCACUGGGAACAAGGACCUGGCCAUGACCUAUGGUGUGGCAAAGCAAGCAAAGCCUUAUGCCAAAUGAAUCAGGAGGUAAAGAUGCACUUCUCACUGUAGACUGGCAAUCUGAGGGCAGGACUGGCUGAGCUCACAGGGCAAGGGGUUCACUACUGCUUACAAUAAAGAGCAUUGAGC